AGAUCCAGGUCUUCAGGAGCUCCCACAGGCCACAGUGGUCGCACAAUUCCGCGACUACCAUCCAAAAAAAAUUUCAAGCCAAGGAGAUCCUCGUAUAGUAGACGAAUGGGUUCAGGGCCUCAAGAUGAUUUUCGAGGUCAUGGACUGCCCUGAUCGUUAUCGCAUGUUAUGUGCACAAAUCCAGCUGACCGGUGAUGCCCGACUCUGGUGGAAUGCCUAUUGGAGCAUGCGUCCCGGCGAGAAAGAAGGUUGUACGUGGGACCAAUUCAAGGAGCUGAUUCGAGAGAAGUAUUAUCCCUC